GGCCGAGCUCCGAACCAGUUCCUCGGCAAAAUUACGCCCGAGCCCUUGGCUCUCGGUUUCGCCUACAAGGAGCGCCACCCCGUCCCCUCCCUCGAAGAGCGACAGGGAAGGCACGUCCGUCGCCGCAUUUACGUACAACCCCCGGAAGCCUUCUCCCUUCGGGAACCCGGUCCUUUGUCGUACCCGCCAUGGCCUCCGAGCUCAUCUACCGCGGCCAUGACGCCGCCCACACGCCGACGAGCGGCGGCGCCGGGUACACACCCAAGCCGGAGAAGCGGCUGCUCUGGUUCUCACGCCCGCUCCGCUACCUUAUUCGGGAGCAGCGCCUCGCCUUCCUACUCGUAGGCAUGGCCCUUGCCACCCUCUUCUUCGCCCUCGCUCCCUCCUCUUCCCCCUCCUCCUACUCCUCCGCCGCGGCGGCCGAGCUGGCCCUCCGCUCGGCGAUGGAGCUGGCGAGAUUCGGCGAGCACCACCGCCACAGGGCGGCGUUCGAGGCGGCGACGUCUAGGGGCUUCGUUGGGGGGAAGGUGCCGCUGGGAAUCAAGCGGAAGGGGCUCCGCAUCGUGGUAACUGGCGGGGCCGGCUUCGUGGGGAGCCACCUGGUGGACCGGCUGAUCGCUCGUGGGGACAGCGUCAUCGUGGUGGACAACUUCUUCACGGGGCGGAAGGAGAACGUGAUGCACCACUUCGGGAACCCCAACUUCGAGCUCAUCCGCCACGACGUCGUCGAGCCGCUGCUGCUCGAGGUCGACCAGAUCUACCACCUCGCUUGCCCCGCCUCCCCAGUCCACUACAAGUUCAACCCCGUCAAGACCAUCAUAUCCAAUGUGGUGGGAACUCUCAACAUGCUUGGCCUGGCCAAGAGAGUGGGAGCCAGGUUCCUCCUCACCAGCACCAGUGAAGUCUAUGGUGAUCCAUUACAGCACCCUCAAGUUGAGACCUACUGGGGCAAUGUCAAUCCCAUUGGGUGGGUUGCAACUUGGAACUUGCAAGUGGACCCAUUCCAUAAGGAGUGUCUUACGGAAUGGAAUGGGUAUCUAUCAUGUACAUGGCAGGCCCUUCUCAAUAAACUACCUACAAUAGACAAUAUGAAAAGAAGAGGUGUUAGGAGCUGCUACGAUGAAGGCAAGCGCACCGCCGAGACACUGACAAUGGACUACCACCGUGGUGCCCAAGUCGAGGUGAGGAUUGCUCGGAUCUUUAACACUUACGGGCCUCGCAUGUGCAUUGAUGAUGGCCGGGUUGUCAGCAAUUUUGUUGCUCAGGCCUUGAGGAAGGAGCCAUUAACGGUUUAUGGGGAUGGAAAGCAGACAAGGAGCUUCCAAUAUGUAUCUGAUCUGGUGGAGGGGCUGAUGAGGCUGAUGGAAGGUGAACAUGUUGGCCCAUUCAACUUGGGCAACCCUGGAGAGUUUACGAUGCUGGAGCUUGCAAAUGUGGUGCAGGAAACCAUCGAUCCCAAUGCGAAAAUUGAGUUCCGUCCCAACACCGAGGACGACCCCCACAAGCGCAAGCCUGACAUCACCAAGGCCAAGGAACUGCUUGGCUGGGAGCCCAAGAUCCCUCUCCGCCAAGGUCUUCCGCUGAUGGUCUCUGACUUCCGCAAGCGUAUAUUUGGUGAUCAUUUUGACGUGAAUCCAUCCACCACUACCACUUCAACAGCCACUGGCACAGGAUUCUCUUAAGCAGCAAAUUGUUCUUGUUGUUUUUGCUCACUCUGGGACUUAGUAUGUGCUAUAGAGGGAGGAAACGAAUCAUAAAAUCCCCAGUGGGUAUCAAAGAAGAGCAAUGAGAGAAAGAUCAGCACUUCAUUUGUGUUCUUAAUAGGUUGACCAUUUUCCCAUCGCUUCUUGCUGUGUACGUUACUACUGCAGGCUGAGGGGAUCUACCUAGCUUCAUUGCAGCAGCACAAGAUCCUUAGGAUGCUAUUGUUUUAAUAUAAGCAGGUUGUCCCUCUGUGUUGUUACUAAUGUUUGAUAGUCUUAUGUUUCUUUGAAUAAAUUGAUAGUAUUUGUUGUGUA